GGCCUACUAGGCCCUGCGCGCAGCCUAGCAACCACCCCUCGCCCGCAUAAAGAUGGAAGCCUAGAGCGCCGCCCCGCGCAGGGCCGCAGAGCCGGACGGCCACGCCCCUAAAGGAGGGCGCUGGCCAGUCACUUCCGGGCUCCUCGCUGAUUUCUUUCUCUCUCUCUCUCGAGCGCCCCGCCAGAAGGCUCCACGGGAGGCCUCGGGAUUUGGCAGCCAUUCGUGGUUGGUCUGCCCAAGACCCCCCGCCAGGCACCUCACGGCGGGAACGACGACUUUGCACUCCUCGGGCCUUAAAUGGGGCUCUGCUUUAUUCUGGGGGCCGCCCCGGGAUUUCCUCGUAGCGCCCCUUCCAGGGAAAUAUCCUAACCUGACCCUGCUUAGUUAUUGGGGACCCAGCAGGUCCAUCUGGGGUCAGAAGGGACCACAAGGAUCAUUUACUCUGCAACGUGCAGGAAAACUUAAUUAAGCCUUCCUGAAAAAUUGGGAUUUGCUGCCCUUCUCAAUUUGGGGCGCUAUUCAAUACGUCAGCCAGUGCAGCUUCUCUGAACAGUUCUUGGGUCUAUGCAUGGCUGCGUUCCGUCCUUUUCCUAAGACGUGAGAACUGGUUCCAUCUGGCUCAGAUGCUGCUGGGGUCCCAGGAGAACCAGUGGCACCAGGACCGAUCGGAAGGAGGCAACUAGUCACACUGAGUUGGGGGCUGCCUGGGCCCUGGGGAGGAGAGCCUGUCUCUGUCAGGUAUAAAUGCUCUGCCCGUGCCAGGGAUCAGCUAUAGCGCAAUAGUGCAGGGGUUAACCCAGACUCCCACCUGGUCAGCUCCUCCCAUAGACCCCUCCUUACCUGAAUCCCCGCCCACAGGUAUAAAAGGUGGGCACACUCCUCCAUGUUCCAGUUCCUGAUGUACCCAAGUGAUGAUAUGAUGAACCUGCAAAUAAAAGUGAGAUAUUUUACUUGAUGACUCAAGUCUCUUUAUUGGGCCCGAUCCACCAUUCCUCGUAACAAAAUGGUAGCAGAGGAUGGUUGGUAAGGCCCAAAGAUCCCAAGCCACAAGACAAGGACCCAUACCUACCUGCAGAAUGGCGACACCCCCGAAGCAACGGGAAGGCAACCCACCGGACUCGCCAGAGAAGGCAGGAUCCUCAACCACCCCCAAAACCACCGCAACGGAAGAAAAGGGGGAGAUCGAGAAAAGGAAAAGGCCACCACGGCGACCAAGAAGGAGAGGAGCUGCGACUCGACGUCCUACAGCUGUUAAAGGAGAGAGCCGGCGACAAAAACCUCCUUGCCGACCUGCGGAGCUUCAUACUCGAUCGCGAGGCGGCAAGGAGCGAAGAAGGCUCAGACUCAGAACUCGAGGAGCUGGACUCGGUGAGUGGAUCGCCCAAAGGGGCACUUCCAACGACCACCGAGCCCCAAAGCCCCGCUCUAAAUUUGAAACGGCGGCCAUCUUUGUCCACGUGCUCGGACAAGAUGGCCGACCUCCAACCAAUCGAAAGCCAGAGUUCAAAAUGGCCGGCGCGCGAAAAAUGCCGGACCAUGAACCACGAGGAAAGUGACCGGGGAGAGGGGACCGAAUCCGACUCUGACCCCUGGUACACCCCCAGCGAGCGACAAGUAGAUAGGGCCAUGAAGACCCUUGCCGCUGCCUUCGGCCCAGGCCUCAAAAUUACAAAAGAGAAGCCGGAGAGGCCAAAACAGAAAGGAAGGCGAGGAGAGGGGCAACGAAGCACCCACCCGAGAGCCACCGACGCCCGUGCCAGCCCGCCAGCCCACCUUCGCACCCCAGGGACACCGCGCCUCCGAUCGCCCAGGCCGCACACCCCGGACCGCGCAGACUGGGGCAGCUACUUACAGCCAUCACCGGAGCCUCAAUACCGCCAGGAUCUUCACUCCGGAGAAGCAGCCGCUGGACGACGCCCUCCGGAACACACCUGGACCCCCAAGUCCGAAGCCGAGGCCUACCCGACCGGCAGAGGCCUCUACAGCGGAGCCGCGAUGAACAGGUCCUUCCUCGGCGACGGCAGAGCUGAAAUGGACUUCGCGCAUGCGCUCUUCCGCCUAGAGGAAGAAAAAAGAAAAAAAUUACAAAGCGGGACUUUUAAACUACCGGCAAGCGUUCCCAUGCCUUACUGCUGCUAUAGGCACAUAAGGAACCAUGGACAGCAGCCAGCAGUAAGUAACUUUACUAAUAGUGCUGGAAACUUACCAGUAGACUUUCCCAAGUUGAGGAUGGAUGGGGGCAAUAUCCUAGAGUGGUCACAGCAGCUCCAGGUGGUGUUUCUGAAAGAAAACAUGUCUCAUUUUAUUAAUGACCCUCCAGAGAGACCAUGGACUUUAGAGCUGGAUUGCAUGCACCAUAGGGCAUUCUACCUUUUAAUUGCCAGUAUUUCCCCCACAAUUUACCACUGUAUUGGCCAUAACCUCACAGUAUCAGAAAUUAUAGGGAAAAUGUUUGGGUUGUUUUACAGUGAGAGUGUGUCCACCACCACACAAAUUUCCAAAGACUUCUUUUCCGCCAGACUUAAGCCAGGGACCCCCAUGAGUGAGCACCUAGUGUCCUUAAGCGGUACCAGAGCAGAGCUACACCUUAGGGGAGAAGUUAUUUCCGACCAAAUCAUGAAGAGUGUGAUAAUCAACUCUUUAGAUCACUCAUGGAAUAACUUUCUGACACACUUAGACACAGUUAGCCUAGGGAUGCUAUCCGUGGAGAAGCUAUCCAACAAACUUAUCGCAGAAGAUAAUCUGAGGAGGAGCCGCCCCGGCCCUCCCAGAGAACACAAGAGUGAAAAGAGAGUAGUCUUCCAAGAGAAACAACACAACACGCCCGAGUGCUACAUCUGCGGGUCGAGGGGACACAUCAAAAGGGACUGCCCCAAGAACUAUAGGGAGAGAGGCAGGCCUGAGCAUAGGUACAGACAAACAGAAAGGCACACAUCCGAAGAAAGGUAUAGACGUAGAGACUCACCCGUUCCCAGGGAUAAGAGGGGGAACAGAGACAGUUCACGCGACAGCAGGACAGGGUCCCUAUAUGGGAUAGGGGAGCACACACACACCACACACCAAGACAAGGACACCAGCUCUUGGCUCCUGGACUCGGGGGCCUCCAACCACACCACAUACAAUCAGAAACUACUCUCAUCAUUCAAGAGAGAGGAUUUUUCGAUCAAAGUUGCAGACCAAAACCAGGUUAGAGUAACAGGCAAAGGGACAAUUACAUUACCAGGCGUAGGGAAAAUAGAGGGGGUACUGCUAGUCCCGGAGAUACCCCACAACAUCCUGGCCGCAGUAAAGCUUAGCAAGGAAUCAGGGGUUGAGAUGAUAUUCACAAAAGGCAACGUCAAGGUUAGCAAGGACAGGAAAGAUAUAGGAAGAGUAACCAUUAACCAAGGGUUACCCUACAUAACUUUCUAUGAGGAUUACACCCACAGCAUAAACACCAGUUCAGAGAACGCAGAAGACACUGACCAAGGCAGGACUGAGGGUGAACAGGUAGGCGGGAAAGAGGUAGAUAACGAUAGUAACACGACACCAAAAACACAACACAACAAACACACCCAAAAGAGGCCCUCAAUAGGCAAACCAAUGCAUGACAACUGCGCCCAUCUGCUGCACCGCAAACUUGGACACGCCAGUUUUCCCGUGAUACAGAAAAUGGCCAAUUGUACCGAGGGUGCCAUAAUAAAAAACUGUGAAAACUACCUCGAGUGCUCGGUGUGCAAGUGUUCAAAACUGAAGGUAAAACCCAGACCCAAGAAGUCGUUACGUGCCGCCAACCAAAUAUUCGACUUAGUACACAUGGACCUGUGCAGCCCAGUCAGCAAAGUCUUUUCCAAUCCUGGCGAACCAAGUGAGAAGGGGCUCCUAGGAAGUGCAAUCCUGGCUCUCGAGAAACCCAUGGAUGAACAUGGUUUCAUCUCUGGGUUGCUCCUGGCCCCCUCCAGCCGUCAGAAGGUGGAAUUAUGUCCACGCAGGAAGGAUGGAAGGGGCCGUGGGAAUCUCGAGACAGCCAGAGGAAUUGGGUACAACGCGGCCUCUUCAGUGAAAGAAGCUCAAAUGCUGCAAUCCAAACUGGAUUACCAAGCUGGGUUCUCAGACAAGCGAGCCGGGCUAAAGUGGAUCGGGGGCCUUGUACUUCAGGGGGUUGGGGAGCGGCCUUCGGGUUUUCUUAAUCUGGCGGCGGCCACGGCUUGCAGAGGCCAGCAGGCGAGGCGCUGCAUCGGAAAGGAAGGGGAAGAGGAGGGCAGCGUCGCCUCUUGGCCGCCAGAAGCGACGGGGCGGAAGGAGCCGCCGAGUCUCCCUCUUUCCCGCUAA